GAGAGCGAGCGAGAACGGCGGUCGGGAGGGUGGUGCUGGUGGCGGCGCCGCCGCGCCGUCGCCCAGCAUCUCGCUCUCGUUCUGGCGCACCCUCGCAGUCUGCUUUCCAUCCGCUAGUCACACGCCACUUGCGGCCCGAGUAGCUUCGCUCUCGCCGACCGCUCUACGACUCGUCUUUGUCGUACUGCCGCUGCGGCGUCCUCUUGCGUGCGUUCGCCACGACUGGUCCCAGCCACUCUGCCAAUCGACGACAGACGCGCGCACCAUGCACUUACCGUACAAGCUGCGGGAACACGUGGACGCAGCCUGCUGAGCUCACCACAUCGUUACCGGCUCCCUCCCUCCCUCCCUUUCUCUCUCUCUCUCUCUCUCUCUCUCUUGCUCGGUCGCGUGCCGCGCGCCGCUGGCCGCGGCUGCAUUAUUCAUCGAUUGACGGGGUCGGAGCGGCGAUGAAUGCCUGAAGCAGCGGCAGUGAUACUUUGGAGCAAUCAAGCCUGAAAAUCGCCGAAGCUGUCAGUGCCAGUUGCCGGUGGCGGCACGGUCGCCCGAUCGGCAGCGCAACUCAGCAAGUCGCUCGCAGCGCUCGUACUCCGACAGCUCGGUCCCGCAAACAUGGAUACUUUCCUCAUACUGGGCAUAUGCGUGCUGUGCUACGAGGUGUGCGACAUGCUCAGACGCUACUCCGCCCCGGUGAUCGUUGAACCGACCAAGCUCGCAGCGAAUCCGAGCCAAGCCUCGCCGCCCUCGCCCAAGAUCUACUCGAUCGCCUGAGUGCAGUAUCAGUUGGCGCAGUUGGCGCGGCCUUGUCGGAUGGACGCCGAAUGAACGACAGGCAGAAAGGAGCGCGCGCGUGCUCGCAAUUCGCAGCCCGCGAAGAAGACUCGAGUUUGGCGACGAGCCUGCAGCAGAUAGAGAGGGACAGAGAAGCGUCUCCCUCCGGUCUCCGCUGCUGCGACUGAUGCUGACGAGUGUCUCGAUCGCGAGCGAACGCUCGACAAGCGGGUCCGAGGAGGAGCGCGAGGGGCAGUGAGCACUCUCUGUUUGCGAAGAGGGAUACUGGCAGCGGUGAGCUACUCAUCGAGCCAAAGUCCUUUGCCCAGCUCGGCAAACACGUGUACGUCUGAUCGACGGAAGCGUCAACGCGUUCUGUCGAGACCGCUGACGAUCCCAUCCUCUCGCAGUGUGCAAUAGCGAAGGUCGCUCCGUUGGUCCGCUGCCUUUCGAGCAAGGCUCGGCGAUGCCGUCAGCCAGUUAACGGACGAUUAAGUGGGUUUGCAUAAGCGGAUCAGCGCUACUGCAAGAAGAAGGCUGAGCAAAAUGGACUCGUUGGAGCGCUUGAUGGGCAGUGUAGCUAAGCAGCAGCCGGCUGUCGCGGCGGCCUCGCGAUCGCAGAACUCUUUCGUGCAAGCGAGCCUCUGCUCGGUGAUCGGCCGCAAAGGCCAUCACCUGAACGGUACGUUUUGUCUAUCGGGAGAUACGAUGGAGGGCAUCAUACAGUGCCUCGUCUUCCUCAAAGCUUUCUCGCUUGUCGGCGGGGAAUUCGAUAUGGAACUGAACUUUGUGAUACAAGAUGCACAGAAUAUAAGGCACAUGUUGGAGCUUCUUGAUCACUGUCCACCAAACUUACAGGCUGAAAUAUGGAGCGUGUUUAUCGCCAUCCUGAGGAAGAGCGUGAGGAACCUACAAGCAUGCACGGACGUAAAUCUGAUUGAGCACGUUUUGCACCGGCUAACGCGUGCAGAGACUGUCGUAGCAGAUCUGCUGAUCGACAUGCUGGGCGUGCUGGCGAGCUACAGCAUAACGGUGAAAGAAUUGAAGCUUUUGUUCGGGGCGAUGAAGGCAGUCAAAGGGAAAUGGCCACGGCAUUCGGCCAAGCUUUUGAACGUCCUGCGGCAAAUGCCGCAACGCAAUGGCCCCGACGUCUUUUUCAGUUUUCCCGGCCGAAAAGGAUCGGCAAUCGUCCUUCCACCAUUAGCAAAAUGGCCGCACGAGAGCGGUUUCACAUUUACCACGUGGUUCAGGCUGGAUCCCAUCAACUCCGUCAAUAUCGAGCGAGAGAAGCCCUACCUGUAUUGUUUCAAAACCAGCAAGGGCGUGGGCUACUCGGCGCAUUUUGUUGGCAAUUGCCUCGUACUCACGUCAAUGAAAGUGAAGGGCAAGGGCUUCCAACAUUGUGUCAAAUACGAAUUCCAGCCGCGGAAGUGGUACAUGAUUGCCGUGGUGUACAUAUACAACAGGUGGACGAAGAGCGAGAUCAAGUGUCUGGUAAACGGUCAGCUGGCGUCGAGUACCGAAAUGGCCUGGUUCGUCUCGACGAACGAGCCUUUCGAUAAGUGCUAUAUUGGCGCCACGCCAGAAUUAGAUGAGGAGCGCGUCUUCUGCGGACAGAUGAGUGCGAUUUAUCUCUUCAGCGAAGCCCUCACCACGCAUCAGAUUUGCGCGAUGCACCGACUAGGCCCCGGAUACAAGAGUCAGUUCCGCUUCGACAACGAGUGUUAUCUUAAUCUGCCCGACAAUCAUAAAAGGGUGAGUGCUGAGCUGGAGCUCACAAGCAUGGUGGACCAAAGUAUGAUGACUGUCCUUUAUGAUGGAAAAUUAUCCAAUGCCAUCAUGUUUAUGUACAAUCCUGUCGCAACUGAUUCUCAACUGUGUCUGCAAAGUGCUCCAAAAGGAAAUGUCUCCUAUUUUGUACAUACUCCACAUGCCCUUAUGCUGCAGGACGUCAAAGCUGUUAUUACGCACUCCAUACACAGCACUUUGAAUUCCAUAGGUGGAAUUCAAGUUUUGUUUCCAUUAUUUUCACAAUUAGAUAUGCCUUACGACUGUAUAGCGCCAAACGAUAUUAAGCGUGAUCCAACGUUAUGCUCAAAACUGCUUGGAUUCAUCUGUGAUCUCGUUGAGAGCUCGCAAACAGUCCAACAGCAUAUGGUGCAAAACCGAGGAUUCCUCGUGAUUAGCUACAUGCUCCAAAGAGCGAGUCGAGAUCAUCUGACCACAGAGGUUCUUGCCUCCUUUCUAGAGCUAACGAAACAUCUAGUCACGUGUCUCAGCGCUAAUAGUGACCUUCUCCUGAAACAGUAUUUUUAUGUUUCAUUCCUGAAAUGGCAGCUGCUGGACCAUGUCCUUUUCAAUCCAGCACUGUGGAUAUAUACACCAGCGCCCGUCCAAACUCGCCUCUAUUCUUAUCUAGCCACCGAGUUCCUUAGCGAUACGCAGAUCUACUCAAAUGUGAGACGCGUCUCUACCGUUUUACAGACGGUCCACACGCUCAAGUAUUAUUACUGGGUAGCAAAUCCCCGAAGUAAAAGCGGCAUUACGCCUAAAGGAUUAGAUGGACCGAGGCCUCAACAAAAAGAUAUUUUAACGAUACGAUCGUAUAUUUUGCUCUUUCUGAAGCAGCUGAUUAUGAUUGGAAAUGGAGUUAAAGAUGACGAACUGCAGAGUAUUUUAAAUUACUUAACAACCAUGCAUGAGGAUGAAAAUUUACACGACGUACUACAGAUGUUGAUAUCUUUGAUGUCAGAGCAUCCCUCGUCUAUGGUUCCAGCUUUUGAUGCAAAGCAAGGCGUUAGGACAAUCUUUAAACUUCUUGCUGCCGAGAGUCAAUUGAUCAGAUUGCAAGCGCUGAAGCUGCUAGGCUUUUUCCUUAGUAGGAGUACACACAAAAGAAAAUAUGACGUUAUGAGUCCUCAUAAUUUGUAUACACUUCUCGCGGAAAGAUUGCUUUUAAACGAGGAGACCCUCACAUUACCUACAUACAAUGUUUUAUAUGAGAUAAUGACGGAACAUAUAAGUCAACAAAUAUUGUACACGAGACAUCCAGAACCAGAAUCCCAUUACCGUCUAGAAAAUCCAAUGAUCUUGAAAGUCGUUGCUACUUUAAUUAGGCAGUCAAAACAAACAGAACAGUUACUUGAAGUGAAAAAACUCUUUCUUUCGGAUAUGACACUACUAUGCAACAACAAUCGCGAAAAUCGACGUACAGUCCUACAAAUGUCUGUUUGGCAGGAAUGGCUUAUAGCCAUGGCAUACAUUCAUCCAAAAAAUACAGAAGAGCAAAAGAUCUCUGACAUGGUAUAUUCUUUAUUUCGAAUGCUACUACAUCAUGCAAUUAAACACGAAUAUGGAGGCUGGAGAGUUUGGGUCGAUACGCUUGCAAUUGUACAUUCCAAAGUGUCCUAUGAAGAAUUUAAAUUGCAAUUUGCUCAAAUGUACGAACACUACGAGAGGCAACGAUCUGAUAACAUUACUGAUCCGGAAGUAAGACAGCAAAGACCAAUCAGUACGAUAUCUGGAUGGGAUCAGCAUUCCGGUAAUAAUGGUUAUAAUCAAUCGGGUCAAUGGGCAGAUGAACACUCCAGAGAAAUACAGCACGUUGAUGGAAAUUACAAGGAAUACGAUGCAAUAGAGGCAAUUGAUAGAAUGGAUGAGUCUUGCAGUUGCGAUCUCAAUUCCAUUGACAACACGGAGAGCGAUGGUAGUCCAGCAAUCGUUGUUUCGCGAAAUCAAGUUAACAUUGACCUUCAACAAUCCAGUGAAGUCGUUUCGUUGGAGUCACGAUCAAGCGAUAAACCAGAAGCUAUCGCCCCAACAUCUCACACUGAGACACCAACCGUUCUCGAAGAAGUCAACAGCGAAGUAUCAGUUUCUUGCGAGCUGCAAACGACGCAAGAAACGAGCGAAGUCGUUUCAAUGGAAAGUUCCAGUGAAUUUUUAAGCGACACCCAAAAAGUCGAAAGUUCGAGUCUCGAAUCUUUCGUCAAUGAAACUGAUCGACAAAAGGCAGACGAAACCAUCCGAAUGAAUCAAGAAGAGCAAAAUAAUGAGGAUUCACUCUCGACAAUUAGGGAAAGCGAAGAGUCCUCACGGUCACCUUCUAUGGAGACAGCGCCUGAACAAGAGCUCAAUAAAAAGGAUUGUGAAGUGUCGGAAGAAAAACCGGCGAAUCACACGGAGACAAAUAUAGCGAGCACGAAUGGAUCACCUGCGAAGGAGAUAGCGAACGGAUACUGUGAUAAGUCCGAUACUAGCAAGGCUGACGUUUCUAUUAAAAAUUCGUCAGAUAUACCGGAGAAAAUUAUUGACAAAGCAGAAGAUACGAAAUCAGCUUUGGAAAUCGAAACAAAAGAUGAAGCUAAUAUUAAAGAUGUAAACAACACAAAUGAAUUAACCAAGAAUGUAGAUGAAUCAGAAGAAGCACAAGCUAGCAAUAUUCUCACAGAAGAUAAGAAAAUCAACGUUGUUGAUGCUGAAAAAGAUGAUUCGCCUGUAGAAAGUAAAGUAGUGGAAAACUCGUUAGAGAGUGCAACAAGAGAAAUCGAGGAAAACAAAGUCGCUGAGACGAAAGAAUGCCCGGAAAAAACUGAUAAUGAAUGCGAGAAAAAUCAAUUAAGUGAAGAUAAUGAACAAAAUAAAAAUAGAUCGAGUAGCCCGGUUGAGGAAGAAAGAACACGAGCAGAAAUCACAAAUACAUUGAACCCCGAGAACAAUGCAAUAUCGAAUGGAGAGCGCGAUGCUGAAAAAGAGCAAAUUAUUGCCGCUAGCGACGACAAUAAAAUUAAAGACGUAGUCGAAUGCGAUACGAAAGAACCGUCCAUAAUUUCUACUAGUCAUAGUGAUAAACUAGAGGAAGAAGCCACGGCUGCGCCAGCCACUGCGACGAACGCUGACGAAGUCGUAGAUGAAGCCUCUAGUGAUGCGUGUAAUAAACAUAACGAUGAUGUUGAAAGUUGUACAGAUAAUGUGACGCAAGUGCCAAAUGCCAAAGAGCAAAUCUCAACGAUAUCCACGGUCUGCGAUGCGGCAGCGAUUGCAGAAGCGGCACAAAACGCGACCGAUGGUGUAAUACCUAAAAACGUAGACGCCGAUGCUGCAGCAAUCGACAAUUCUCUGAUAGCCGACGACGAGUUUGAACACACAAUAGUUACCGAAGCGCAUCGGCGUAGGUCUAGUCUGCCGAACGUUUCCACCGAAAACUUGGCUGUUGACAGCAAUGAGAGCGAUGCUUCGCUGUCACCCGCCAAGAAUUCUUCGCCGCAGGAAAGACCAAGAAGUACCUCUACUUCGACGCAAGUUGAUCCAAAUCAUUUUGAAUCUAAAAAAUCGAAGCAAACGAAUCCCUCCACAAGACCAAUGUUUAGUCCAGGGCCAUCAAGACCGCCCUUUAGGAUACCAGAAUUCAAAUGGUCAUAUAUUCAUCAAAGACUACUAUCUGACGUAUUAUUUUCAUUGGAAACUGAUAUUCAAGUCUGGAGAAGCCAUUCAACCAAAUCAGUUUUGGAUUUUGUCAAUAGUAGCGAUAAUGCCAUAUUUGUUGUUAAUACUGUACAUUUAAUUUCUCAACUAGCAGAUAAUUUGAUAAUUGCAUGUGGUGGAUUAUUACCGUUAUUAGCUUCUGCUACCUCUCCGAAUAGUGAAAUGGACGUAAUAGAACCAACUCAAGGGAUGCCAAUAGAAGUUGCAGUUUCUUUUCUCCAAAGACUUGUCAAUAUGGCAGAUGUACUCAUAUUCGCAAGCUCUUUGAAUUUUGGAGAAUUAGAAGCAGAAAAAAAUAUGUCUAGUGGUGGCAUUCUACGGCAAUGCUUACGAUUGGUCUGUACAUGUGCCGUUAGAAAUUGCUUAGAGUGUAAAGAGCGUGGCAGAACUUACAGCAUGUUAGCUCGACAAAUUGGUACUAGUAACAAAUCACAGCACAUACAAUCACUUAUUCGUGGAGCUCAAACUUCACCGAAGAAUAUCGUAGAUAAUUUGGCAAAUCAACUUAGUCCGGUAAAAGACCCAGAAAAACUAUUGCAAGAUAUGGAUGUCAAUAGAUUGCGCGCUGUCAUUUAUAGAGAUGUUGAGGAAACCAAACAGGCUCAGUUUCUGUCCCUGGCAAUAGUUUACUUCAUCUCUGUAUUGAUGGUAUCAAAAUAUCGUGACAUUCUGGAACCACCAGUAGCGCAACACCCACCUAGUCCAGUUCAAACAGUACAAACCAAUGGGUCAAAUAUAAGACCAGGAAGUCCUUCAGCAGAAGACAACGGUGGUGGAGGAGGUCGACCGUUGUUUCCGCAGUGGUCGCACCACGUAUAUCCUCAGUUCCUUCCGGGAUCCCACCCCAAUGCUAAUGCCAACCAUCACGUGAGCCAGCACCACCACGAGCACGCGCCGCCACCGUCGGCGUCCGAACAAGCCUUCCGCCGCCGUCGGCAAGCGAACAAUCCCGCGAUCGCUGCCGGCUAUUAUAUACCCAAUCAUUAUAGCAAUCACCAUAACUAUCAUUCCAAUAAUUACAAUUAUCAUCGUCAUCAUCAUUACCAUCAUUACAAUAACAACAAUCAUCAUCAUGUGCUGCAAAAGCAUAUCGAUCAACCCCGAAAUGUUUAUCAUAGAAAUUCUGGUUACGGUCUGCAAGAAACUGGAGGAGCUAUGAGUCAAUCUGAAUCUCAAGAUGAUGGAGAGUACGAAGUUAUUAUUGUUGAUGAAAAUAAUUCAUCUAUAUUAGCUGAUCACGAUGUUCCUUCGUCUGGGCCACCUUCCACUAAGGGUGGCCAUCGUAGUGUGCCUCGCUCAAGGACAAUCCUUGAAGAUUACUCGUCGACGGAAACUACACUUUGCUCUGCGAGAACUGUACCACUUCCUCGUAAUGCACAGAGCAAUGAUUCAAGUGAAGAUGUAAUGCACCGGAAUAAUGCAACAGCUGAUCCGAGUCCAUCAGAAAUAACGACUGAUAAUGAAAAUAAGCAUAAUUCGUCAGAAGAAGCUUGGACCGACGUUAAUUUAAACGAAGACGGAGAUGCUGUAACAAAUUCUCGCGAUGAUCCAAGGAACAUUCAGAAUAUGGUCCAUUCGCGAGGCGAAAUUCCUGACAAUGAAGGCAAUAUGCUAGAUCAAGAAAUGCUCAACUCAGAGCGAGGCGAAAAACCUACAUCGGAGAUCUCAGUAGUUCGUGUUCCUGAUCACUUGGUGACAGUCGCCUCACCACGACCAGAUGAUUUACCAAUUAAGGGUCUCGUUGAUCAUCUACCAAUACCGACACCGUCCCGCGAAGCUUCGUUAACGCAAAAGUUAGAGAUGGCUCUUGGCUCGGUUUGUCCAUUGCUUCGCGAAAUCAUGGUUGACUUUGCACCUUUCCUAUCCAAAACGCUUGUUGGUUCACAUGGCCAAGAGCUCCUCAUGGAGGGAAAAGGUUUAACAACAUUCAAGAACAGUAAUUCUGUUGUCGAGCUUGUUAUGCUUUUAUGCUCCCAAGAAUGGCAAAACUCUCUUCAAAAACACGCAGGACUUGCGUUUAUUGAGCUCAUAAAUGAGGGAAGGCUUUUAUCCCAUGCGAUGAAAGAUCAUAUUGUACGCGUGGCAAACGAAGCAGAAUUCAUUUUAAAUAGAAUGCGAGCUGAUGAUGUGCUGAAACACGCUGACUUUGAGAGUCAGUGUGCUCAAACGUUACUUGACAGAAGAGAAGAAGAACAGACUUGUGAUCAUUUAAUAACAGCUGCAAGAAGGAGAGAUAACGUCAUUGCUAGUAGACUACUUGAAAAAGUUCGAAAUAUCUUGUCGAAUAAACAUGGUGCUUGGGGUUACAUGGAUCCUAUGGCAGCCAAAUUGUCCGAGUACUGGAAACUGGAUGCUUGGGAGGACGAUGCACGCAGACGUAAACGUUUCGUACACAAUCCUUUAGGCUCGAGUCAUCCGGAAGCGACCUUAAAGGCUGCCAUUGAGCAUGGUGCCCCUGAGGAUGCAAUCCUCCAAGCUCGAGAAGAAUUUCAUGCUCAUCUUGCUGCAACGAGGGUACACCAACAGCAAUUGCAAUCGACGGAUCUCAUGGACGACAGUGAACUAUUAACCGAUGAUCGAGAUCUCGACGCUGACCUCGUUGGUCCAGUAAAUAUCAGCACUAAAGGGAAACUCGUGGCUCCAGGCAUUGUUGCUCCUGGAAUUAUAUCAAUUACGUCAUCAGAGCUGUACUUUGAAGUUGACGAGGACGACGUAGAGUUCAAGAAGAUCGACACUGAGGUCUUGAAAUAUUGCGACCAUCUCCAUGGAAAAUGGUACUUCUCCGAAGUCCGAGCGAUCUUUUCACGACGCUAUCUAUUGCAAAACAUUGCGAUCGAAAUUUUCCUUGCAAGUCGAACCUCAAUCUUCUUCGUCUUUCCGGACCAGGCAACAGUGAAGAAGGUGAUCAAGGCGCUACCGCGAGUCGGCGUCGGUAUCAAAUACGGAAUCCCACAGACAAGGCGAGCAUCGAUGAUGUCACCGCGGCAGCUGAUGAGGAACUCGAACAUGACGCAAAAAUGGCAACGUCGUGAAAUCAACAAUUUCGAGUACAUUAUGUUCCUCAAUACGAUAGCCGGGCGUACGUACAAUGAUCUCAACCAGUAUCCCGUAUUCCCAUGGGUCUUGACUAACUACGAAACGAAAGAGCUAGAUCUAAGUUUGCCUAGCAAUUAUCGUGAUUUGUCAAAGCCCAUUGGCGCGUUGAAUCCAAGCAGGAGAGCUUACUUUGAAGAGCGUUACCAGAGUUGGGAGCACGACAGCAUACCGCCUUUCCACUAUGGCACGCAUUACUCGACAGCUGCUUUUGUCCUCAAUUGGCUUAUCCGAGUGGAACCAUUUACAACCAUGUUCUUGGCUCUACAAGGAGGCAAAUUCGAUCAUCCAAAUAGACUUUUUUCAUCUAUAGCUUUGUCCUGGAAAAAUUGUCAACGUGAUACUUCGGACGUCAAGGAAUUGACUCCGGAGUUCUUUUUCUUGCCAGAAAUGCUUGUCAAUACAAAUCGAUAUCGGCUUGGAAAACAAGAAGAUGGUAGCUCGGUUGGUGACGUUGAUCUACCUCCAUGGGCUUCUUCUCCUGAAGAGUUCAUUCGUAUCAACAGGAUGGCUCUCGAAUCUGAGUUCGUUUCCUGUCAAUUACAUCAAUGGAUAGAUCUUAUUUUUGGUUAUAAACAAAAAGGCCCUGAAGCAGUUCGAGCAACCAAUGUGUUCUAUUAUCUUACUUAUGAGGGUAGCGUAGAACUCGAGUCGAUAACCGAUCUUGUAAUGAAGGAAGCGAUUGAAAAUCAGAUCCGUAAUUUCGGUCAGACGCCCUCACAACUUCUCAUGGAACCUCAUCCGCCGAGAAGUUCUGCAAUGCAUUUGUCGCCAAUGAUGUUUUCAAGUAUACCUGAAGACGUUUGUAUGACUCUGAAAUUUCCAUCUAAUUCUCCGAUCUGCCACAUUUCGGCUAAUACUUAUCCACAAUUACCGUUGCCUUCCGUGGUCACCGUGACCACUGGUCAGCAAUUUGCUGUCAAUCGAUGGAAUACUAAUUAUGCAGCAACAGUCCAAUCGCCGAGUUAUGCAGAUACGCCACAAGCCCAAGCAGCUAAUCAACCAUUAUCAAUGGAUCCUAUCUUAUCACAAACAGCAAAUAGUUCAAAUCCAGCACUGCGACGACAUCUUGGUGACAAUUUCAGUCAGAAGUUAAAAAUUCGAAGUAACUGCUUUGUCACUACUGUUGACAGUCGUUUCCUCAUAGCUUGUGGUUUUUGGGAUAAUAGUUUUCGUGUAUUCUCAACCGAAACAGCAAAAAUUGUUCAAAUUGUAUUCGGUCAUUAUGGUGUUGUCACAUGCUUAUCAAGAAGUGAGUGUAACAUCACGUCCGAUUGCUAUAUCGCAUCUGGUAGUGCAGACUGCACUGUUCUACUUUGGCACUGGAAUGCUAGAACUCAGACUAUUGUUGGCGAAGGCGAAACACCAGCACCUCGUGCUACGCUUACUGGACAUGAACAACCAGUCACCGCUGUUGUCAUUUCUGCUGAGCUUGGUCUUGUUGUAUCUGGAUCCCAUAGUGGUCCAGUUUUGGUUCAUACAACAUUUGGUGAUUUGCUGAGAUCUUUGGAGCCUCCAAAUGGCUUUUCAUCUCCUGAAAAUAUUGCUAUGUCCAGAGAAGGUGUUAUUGUUGUAAAUUAUGAGCGUGGACACGUAGCUGCCUUCACUAUCAAUGGAAAACGUCUUCGAUAUGAAUCGCACAAUGAUAAUCUUCAAUGCUUACUACUCAGUCGAGAUGGCGAGUAUCUGAUGACGGGAGGAGACAAAGGGAUUGUAGAAGUUUGGCGGACCUUUAAUUUAGCACUUUUGUACGCAUUUCCUGCCUGCGAAAGCAGUAUUCGCUCGUUAGCAUUAUCACAUGAUCAACGAUUUUUGCUUGCUGGUUUAGCGAAUGGCUCAAUAGUAAUUUUUCAUAUUGAUUUUAACCGAUGGCAUCAUGAAUUUCAACAGCGUUAUUGAAAUUUCAUGCUGGAUUUUAUGGAGCAAAGACACACGGGAAAACGGCAAAGAUGUCAACAUAAAACCUUAAAAUAAAGCAAGCAAUUUUAUGAUAAAAAAAAUUAAUUACCGUAUAAGUUUAGAUGAAUUCAAAUAUAUUAUAGAAGGUCAAAAUUUUCAAUCAAAAUAAUUAGGCAACUGAUACCUCAUCAAAUUGAAAUAUAUAACUUAUUUAACAGCGACUUAUAUUUAUAAAUACAGUUGGCUUUGCAAUCGAACACAGCAUUAAGUCAAAGACAAAUAAAAUCAGUAACCAUUAUCAGUCAAAAAAUAUCCAUCAUGAAAACGUAAGAAAUAGAAUACUAGUCAAUUAUGGAGACUUGAACAUAUAAAUACAUACUUGUCAGAAAUGUGUUAAUCGAAGAAAAAACGAAUCAUCAAAAAUGAAACAAGUUCUGAAGUUUGACAAGUAAAUCAUUAAGAUGCCAAACUCUCCAUGUAACAUUAUUUUUAUGCUUCACACGUGAGUUAUGGCUAUUGAUCGCUUAGUCACUAUUAUGUAAAUAUAUACGUUAUAUGCGAAUAAUAUAAAUAACAUCUAUUGUACAUCUUCGUGAAAUGCAUUGCAAAAGCCUUAGGUAUCGAAAAUACAUGGUAGUAUGUUAUCGCAACGUAUUACAAAUAGUAAAAUUCAAUGAACGUUAACGACUAUGUUAGCAUGCUAAUGAAGAUCGAUAUUUUGUAACGUAUUGGGAAAAUGAAUAUGAUAAGAUAUAGAGACGACAGAAUCCGUUCUUUAGGUGUCGUUUACUUUUAUAUGCUAGGGCUAUUAUCGUGGAAAGCGAAUAUGAAAUAAAAAAACUUUGCAAGAUCAAGCAAUGUUAGGAGUAAAUUUGUACGUUGCCAAAUUCGUCCAUUUUCAAUUGAAAAAAAUACUAUUAGUGUAUGUCUCUUUCUAAUAAUACAUUGCAUUUGCCAGUUACAGUAAAUAGUUAUGAAUGAAUUUUGCAUAACUAUUAUGAGAAUGACACAAAGAACAAUUUUGAUCGAUCUCUAACGUAGAGUUUUAUAAUCCUUCAUAAAAAUUAUUACAAUUGCUCAUUAUGCGCUAGUAAUAAUGCGAAAUAAAUUAAUUAACAAAACAUAGUACGUAGUAGAUAUAAAUAUUUCAUAUAUUUACUGAUGCAAUCGAAUAGGAAAUACAUACAAAUUAAUCAGUAGCCCUCCCCAAGCGUACUAUGUUUAUAUUCGCGUCCUUUAAAAAAAUCCUAAUUUUAUCAGUGCCGUCCAGCUUAACUCUAUGAGAGUAUUUUUUUAAUAUUUCGCAUGUAAUUCAGAAAAUGAACGAUAAAAUAAUUUAAAAUAAAUGAUGCAUGAAAUUCAAUAACAAUAAAAAACAACAACAAAAUAUGUCAAAGCUUUUUAAUGAUGUUAAGCUCGGUUCAAAUACUUAGUCGUACGACUUAAUGUGAGGAUAAUCGUUUUGAAUGGCAUAUAUGAUAUAAACACUAUUUUUAGUUUUAGUUGAUGUGAUACCAGAGUGAAGUAUAAAGCAGUGCAUAAUUUUUUUUUUUUUUUUAAUCUGAUUAACGGAAUGACUGCAAGCAUAAUAUAUUCUUUUUUGCAUUUACUAAAAUGAUUUCUUAUCUCUAUUUAGAAAAGUUGGUUUUAAUGUAAUAACUACGAAUGCAAUAAUUUUUGUUUAUUUUCUCUUUUAGAGUAUUUGAAUGUGAUAAAUUAUUCUGAAUUUCCUAGUUAUAACUUUCUUUGAAUUUCAAUUCACAUUAUACUUCAUUUUGGUAUUAGUAGUAAUUCUUAUCCUUGAAUGACUUUUAAUAUCUUAAAUAUGUAUAGUAGGAUUUGAAUUUUGCUAACAUUGAAUUAAUUUCUUCAUCGUACAUUGAACAUAAAUUAUAAACUAAUACA